AUGGACGAUGAAAAACUUAUCGAAUUGGUCCGAAAAUACCCGGUCAUUUAUGAUAACUCAAAUUCAAAAUAUCUUUAUACCAAACACAAAUUGGAAAUCUGGAAGAAAAUAGGAGAAGAAAUGCAACAGACAAGUAGUGCUUGCAAAAGUAGAUGGCAGAAUAUACGCGACCAAUUUAGAAAAAACUUGGCAAAGAACGUGACUAAAAGUGGACAAGCCGCGGAAAAAAGAAAAAAAUAUAAAUAUGAAGAUUGCCUGCAAUUUAUAAUUCCGUUUUUUGCCAAGAUAGACAAUUUGUCUAAUGUGCAGUCUUCGGAAUCUGAUGCUCCUGUGAAUACAAUAAAUGAAGAGACUGAAGAUGAAGGAAGUCAAUUACAACCAACUACGGAGAUUUUAGAAACAAGCACGCCCACUGAAGCGGAAAACCAACCGCGUCCUGUAAUAAAAACGCCGUCAGGUCGAAUGAAAAAUAAACUGUGUGAGCAUGAAUCAGACUCAACUACUUUAAUGAAGUACAUAAUUGCUAGAGAAAAUAGUCACAACACAGAAAAUGUACAUCCAAUUGAUGCAUUUUUUUCUGGACUCGCUGCCACUGUCAAGUUAUUUUCUCCAUAUUACCAACAUUUGGCAAAAGGUAGGCUAUUUCAAGUGGUGCAAGAUUUAGAGGAGCAACAACUACUUGGACCCAUUGUCCAAAAUAAUGAGUACCACGUACAACCUUUGUCAACUGCAUCGCCCGCUGGAACUUCUUUAGAUUACACCCAUAUGUCAUCUAUGCCAACACUAUCACCGGAUGGAACUUCGUUAGAUUCUACCCAUACGAUUCAUGAGUUUAAGAUAUUUGAAGCCAAUAAAGAUACCCUAAAUGAAUCAAAAUGUAGCUCUGAACUCGUAAACUCUAAACCCUUAACGUAA